AAUGCAUUCACAUGCCAAUUUUUCUCUCUAUAAAUAAAUAGAUAUCAACUACAUAUGUGGUAAGCACAAGUUUUAGAGUUCAAAACUUAAGAAAAGUUAUAAUGAAUUCUUCUUUUCAUCUCACAUUGACAGCUCUAUGCUGUGUAGCAUUUGUACUUGGAGGAUUACCCUUCUCUUCAGAUGCACAGCUUGAUCCUUCCUUCUAUAGGGAUUCUUGUCCGAAAGUUCAUUCCAUUGUUCGCGAAGUAAUAAGGAACGUUUCUAAGACAGAUCCUCGUAUUCUUGCCAGUUUUAUUAGACUUCACUUUCACGAUUGUUUUGUUCAGGGUUGUGAUGCGUCAAUUUUGCUAAAUGACACUUCUACAAUUGUGAGUGAGCAAGGAGCUGUGCCUAAUAACAACUCAAUAAGAGGUUUGGAUGUUGUGAAUCGAAUCAAAACCGCGGUGGAAAGUGCAUGUCCUAAUACAGUUUCUUGUGCUGAUAUUCUUGCACUUGCUGCUCAAAUUUCCUCUAUUCUGUCUGAUGGUCCUAAUUGGAAAGUUCCACUUGGAAGGAGAGAUAGUUUAACGGCAAAUCAAACCCUUGCUAAUCAAAACCUUCCAGGUCCAUCAUUCAACCUUACUCAACUAAAAUCUGCAUUUGUUGCUCAAGGUCUCAACACUACUGAUCUAGUUGCACUCUCAGGUGCCCAUACAAUUGGUAGAGGUCAAUGCAAAUUCUUCGUAGACCGUUUAUAUAAUUUCAGCAAUACUGGAAAUCCUGAUCCAACUCUCAACACAACCUACUUACAAACACUACAAUCAAUAUGUCCCAAUAAUGGACCUGGUACCACCCUCACCAAUUUGGACCUAACUACUCCUGAUACAUUUGACUCCGCCUACUACUCCAACCUCAAAAUUGGAAAGGGCUUGUUUCAGAGUGAUCAAGAGUUGUCCUCCACGAGCGGCGCAGACACAGUUGCCAUUGUUGAUAGUUUCAACAACAAUCAAACCCUUUUCUUUGAAAACUUUAAGGUCUCAAUGGUUAAAAUGGGUAAUAUUGGAGUGUUAACUGGAUCUCAAGGUGAAAUUAGAACACAGUGUAACUUUGUUAAUGGAAAUUCUGGUCUUGCUACAAAAGUGACAAGAGAUUCUUCAGAAGAUGGUGGUGUUAGCUCAUACUAAAUAAUUUAAUUAACACUAGUUUCAUAAGAAAGGUACCUAGUAAUAAAGAGUGUGUUAGAGGCACAUACAUGUUGUGCUUUCUUGUGGUGAAUGGUGAUAGGUUUGUACUUUGUACACUAUGGCCAUAUUUGAUGUAGUGUUUGUAAGAUCUGUUUUGCUCUGUUAUGAUAAUUAUAUGUCAUAUAUUUUGAGA